CGUGUACAGCGUAAGUAAGCUGAAGUUCUUUUUUGUAACUCUGAAAAACUUCUGAACGAGAAAAAUGAAGUGUUUAAUUGCAUUAUUGAUAGUGUGUUAUGUGAUUCGGGCAUCUGAGGCGAUGACAAAAGAGGAGAUGGUGGCCGCUUUCAAAAAAAUUGCCAGCGACUGUGCACAAAACGAAGGUGCAACCGAUCAAGAUAUGGACGAAAUAUUCGCGCGCAAAGUUCCAAGCACAAGAGAAGGAAAAUGUGUGCAUGCUUGUUUGGGUGAAAUGAUAGGAGUUAUGAAGAACAAUAUGUUAGACGUGGAGAGAGCAGUUGAGUUGGCAGAAAUGGCAUUUAACGGUGACACUACCAAAGUGAACACGGCUCGUGAACUUGCUAACGAAUGCUCCGGAGUUACGGACGGAGAUCGAUGUGAUGCUGCUGUUAAAUUAUUCGAAUGUGGUCAUAUGGCUAUUAAAUCUCGAGGAAUAACAUUUGAAAAUAUGUAAAAAAUAUGUCGUUUGCAAAAAGCCUUUGUAAUCUAGAUCUUUCUCUCUGUAACAUUCUUUUAAUUGGUAUACAUGCUGGUUUGCGCCACAAAUAAAAUAGGAGCAACCGAAAAUCGUUUUCGAAUCU